AUGUUCUUGCCGUCGACGACAGUCACGUUGAUCGGAAAUUCAUCGAACGUUUGCUCAAAGUCUCUUCUUGUAAAGUCACUGUUGUCGAUAGUGCUACAAGAGCUCUACAAUAUCUUGGAUUGGAUGUUGAAGAAAAAUCAAUCGGUUUUCAGAUGUCUUGAAGAAGGAGCUGAAGAUUUCUUAUUGAAGCCGGUGAAACUCUCAGAUGUAAGAAGACUAAGAGAUUCUCUAAUGAAAGUUGAAGAUUUAACUUUCACAAAGAGUAUUAAGAAGAGAGAGCUAGAAGAAACAGAGAAUGUCUACUCUUUGGAUUCAUCUGUUCACUCGCAUCUCAAACGCGCAAAGAUUUAA